UCCUGUGCUCAAACGACGUCAUCAGACAUUUAGUAAUUCAGCAUGUCGGAAUUCGAGGCGUUCGAUCAGCCAGAAAAUACCGAAGAAGAUCCUGCUGCUGAGUUUUUGGCUCGCGAGCAGUCAGAAUUAGCAGGACUGGAUGACUUUGAACCAAGUAAUAUUGCCGAAAACCAAGAUGGGGGCUUUGAUGCGUUUGGAGGCGGACAGGAUGCAUUUGUUGAUGACUUUGGUGGAGGUGGUGUAGAUUUUUCUGCAGAGCAGGUAAAUGGACCAUCAGACAUUUAUGCAUCUAUUUCCCAACAAGAUUCAUUCCGCGCAGAGCCCGAAAAAAUCCGCAUCUGGCGUGAAGAGCAGAAGGCUAGACUUCAACGUAAAGAUGAGGCUGAGGAAGAAACAAAAGAAGAGUGGCGGGAAAAGGCUAAAAAGGAGCUUGAUGAUUGGUACAAGAAGCAUGCUGAGCAGUUGGAGAAAACACGAGAGAACAAUAGGAGCGAGAAUGAACGCUUCCUGAAAGAAAGGGCUGCAGAAGAGGCAUUCAUCAAGGACAGAGAUGAGAAAGUGCCAGGUCAGGCAUGGGAGAAAAUCACUAGACUUUGUGAGUUCAACCCCAAGAACAGUAAGAACACAAAGGAUGUGAGCCGCAUGCGCUCAAUUUUGCUGCAGCUGAAGCAAACACCUCUUGUGCGCUGAUCCUUCUUACCAGGCCUCGUCAUUCCUGAACUUUCACAGUUGGCAGGAUAGGUUUUAGUCAUCAUGUGGAACCAGGUUACAAAAAUUAAAGGUGUGCAUGCUUGUGUGGGUGUUCAACAUCAAAUGUCAUUGCAUUUUGAUCUGAAUUGAUAGAGACCCAGGAGCAGACUAAUUUAGAAUGUGUUGACAACAAUCAUUGUUAUCAUUUAGAUGUUUGCAUCUUAGGGCAAGGUAGCUUAUUUAAAAUAGCUGAAUAAUUUUGACUGCUUAUCAAUAUGGAAGUUUUUUUGUUAAACCUUUGAAUAGGAUAUAAUGGUAUUUGUGUUAGUCCGUCACUAAUUCGGAAUUGCAUGCACAAAUGCCCUGUGGUGUUUGUGAAAUGAAUACAAGAAUUUAUGCUUUUGGUUUGGGGUUAAUGAUAUGCAACUUUUGUGUGAUCAUAAUCAUAGAGGCUACAAUAGAUUUGAUGAAGGCUGUAACAUUUUUUUUAAUGUGAACACUGUAAGCAUAAGUGGUUAUGCAAGUAUAAAGAAAAGAUAUAUACAUAUUAACAUCAUGUAGAUGUGAACCAUUAAAGCACAUUAUUUAAAAAAGAUGCAUGAA